GUCUUUCUACAGAAACGUAGCUGCAACAAUCUGGAUAAGUACAGAGGAACAGAACAGAACGAAUAAAUCCAAUCAUUUCAGAAGGAAACUAAACAACUGAGCUACGUUUGCGUGUUAUUGGGACCAAGAUGAACAAACCGACCGUCUUCUUACUCGCUCUCUUGAGCGCUUCAUUUUUUGUCCAGACUCAGGCACAAAACAACAUUGUGGACGCCAUCGUCAGAGUCGAGACACAGAAAGCUUCAGGAGCAGCCAGAUACUAUGCACCUGUCAAUGCUGGUGUCAUUCCACAACUUCAGCUCACUGAUGAAGAAGCCAUCGCUGUAUGUUCACCUAUUGCUGGUGAGACAGCCAGAGAAACCGGGUAUAACAAGACAUGCAGUGCCUUCUAUACCUGCAAUGAAUACAACGGACCCAAUUAUGGAAUCGUCUACAUCAGGCCGACUGCUGGAGGAACCUUUUGGUCCACCAACAACACUCUUGAACGGGCCACACCAGAAGCAACGUGUCCUGCCAAUCCCUGCAAUACUGGAAUACCUACGACGGACGGACAGACUUGCUACUCCUACACCAUCUGUGUGAAUGGCAAACUAGAAACACGAAAGUGCGCGGACAGGACCAGCUACAGCUACUCUCAGGCUCGAUCCAAUCCCAGCAACCCCUGCGUCCCAGAUGACACGUGCUCUCAAGUUGCGGCUUAUAAUUACACCAUCAUCAGCUGCACUCCACUGACUAGCGUGCAGGCUCCGGUGGUUGAUUACAACCGAACACAACUCAUCAUAUUCGCCGAUGGUAGGCCUGAGGAAAGAACUUUGACACUGAAAUGUCCAGCUAAUACUGUCCUUGAUAUGAGAAACCUGAACAACUGCACUUGUAUUCCAUCUAACCAACGAGACUGUCCUGUUGUACUGGAGCGCACCGCCAGCCUCACCUUAGGGGCCACAAACAAUGUUGUUGCUGAGUUCCCUGCCCUUGCCUCCAAUGAAAUCGCAGGAAACUUCACCAUGUCUUUCGGUUUUCAAGUUUCCGGCUCCACCACCAGCGCAUCUCUGGUCAGCAACUCCAGAAACACGAUGAACUGCCGGACAGCCACCUUGGAGGUCUACCUGGAGAACGGCGUGAUUGGCGCCAGGCUGGUGAACAUCAACGGGGGAACUUUUACUCUCACCACUAAUAACGUGAUCUCUACCGGAAAUACCUACACCGUCCAGCUCAUGCGCAGCUACAGGACUGUGACUCUGAGUGUGAAUGGCAACCAGGCAGCCACUGCUGAUAUCGGAACAUCUAGGCUCGCCAAGACAAACUGCGGCUUAAGUUUGGGACGAGGAUACCCUCGUGCAAACUUUGUGGGAACCAUUGAAAAUUUCCGAAUGACAUUGCCCUGUGUCUAAAGGUUCGAUCUCCUGCCACUGGUCAGCGUCUGAUUUGCUGCCGACGACCCAUGAUUUCCAGUUCUCCGGAAUGGAAUCCAACUGUCCUUUAAUAAGAAUAUUUCGAGCAGAGAGAAAAGAAACUCAAACUAAAAAUUGAAAACUGUACUCAAAAAAUUAACAACUUACAAUUUUUUUUCAACAUCUAAAAGAAGGGUAAAUGAAUAUUAUCUGUGAGAUAAUUUGAGACAUUUGGCGUUGCCUACAUUAUUAAGAAAGAUGCUGAAAAGAUGCUUGAGAAAUCACAA